ACGAUACUAUGAUGAUAGAUUUCAAUCCUUCGAAAUUAAAUGAUAAAUCUUAUAGAAAUAUUUCUGAAUGCGUUCGUAGACAUCGAGAUGCAAUAGAGUUUGCCAAGCUUUUGGAAUCUUAUUAUUCGACGUCCCUUUUUCUCCAAGCAGGAUUUAACAUGAUUGAACUAAGUAUCACAGUCUUUCAGGCUACAACAAAUGUUAACGAAACCAAGGAGCUUUUUCAACAAGUGUCUGUUUGUUACUCGACAUUAACUCAUAUCUUGUUUCAAUGUGUAAAUGGUCAACGUGUUAUUGAUCAUAGUGAUCAAAUGCAGGAGCAUCUAAUAAAUAUGAAAUGGUAUCGUACAUCAUUACGAACAAGAAGAGUGAUCUAUCUCAUGCUAAUUAGAUCACGAGUAUAUUGUGUGUUAACUGCUGCAAAAAUGUUUAACAUGUCUAUGGAAACAUUCAGUACUAUUGUCCGCACAUCAAUGUCAUAUUUCACCGUUUUACGCUCGGCUUAGUAAUUUCGA